AUGGACGCGUCUAUGACACGAAUUGACUGUCCCAUUCACUCACAAGGACUUGUGCAGAACUUUAGCUGUCGCUUACAUAGAAAAUCGCCAAAUUCUGGAUUCAACUCAUUUUCCGCUGAAUUCUUCUUAAGAAAAGACGUUAGCGAUGCAAGAGGAGUUUACUUAUUUUCUUUCAAGCAAGGCUCAUCCAUAAUCAACUAUACUACAAUGGAAACAGACUAUUGUCAUGCAUUAUCAGCUCUACAAUCACAAUUUUUGUAUAAGAUGAUUGCCGAUGAGCUGCGCCGAGUUUCGAAUUUUCCACUGCAUUGUCCUUUUAAAAUGAACAAGAGGUAUUUCAUUAAUGAAUUUACCAUCAACACAAAGCUAAUACCCAGCUAUGCCCCAGAAAUGACUUUUACCUCGGAUUGCAACAUAUUCGUUAAGAAACGUAGAGCUAUACAAAUGACCAUCCAUGGUCGUGUAUUUCGCCGCUGA